AUGGCAGCGGCUCAAACGCAUGAAACAGCGGUAGUGUUAGCAGAGGAGGCUUCUUCUUGCUGCUGGCGCUGUAAGCUGCGACAGACCGGGUGUACAGACAUUCGCCGCUAUGAACUCUUUGGGGAAGGUGCUCCCUUCCGGCAUGGCCCUCCUGGCCAGAAACUCGAAGUAGAGGUGUCUGCGGAGAGCUCAGCAGGUUCUGAGCUUCUUCCUGGCGGUGUUGCUGGAAGCUCCUGCUUCGAUGUAGAAGUAAAUCUCUGUCGGUGCAGCAGCAGCAGCAGGCGGAGCACCCUCAGAGCAGUGGACGGCGUUGUUGAACCUGGAACCUUUGCAUGCACUAGGUCGUCGUAUUCUGAUUGCGCGGAGUGCAAGGGACUAUGCUGGCUUGACUGCGGCGGAGGGCCUGGGGGGGGGGCCCCCCUGUGUCUGCGCGACUUGCUGGGGGGGGCCCCCGAUGGCAAGGGUUCAAAGGAGCUGCCACUGCAUGCAGUCGCCCUUGGGCGUGUGCUGCUCAUUGCAGUCCUUAGAGGCGGAUCUCCGGACGCUUUCUUGCAGCAGUACUGCCAUCCUCCUGCCGACUUGGCAGCAGCAGCAGCAGCAGCAGCAGCAGCAGCAGGAGGCAGCCCUUACCGGCUUACUCUGGAGGGAAGUGCUCUCUGGACAGCUCUUACCCGUCCCUAUUUCCACCAGCUGCUAUCAGUUUGCCUGCCCAGCUGUCUAUCCAGCACCUUCGCCCUUGCUGAUGCAUCUGCUGCAGCAUCUGCAGCCGACUCAGCAGCAGCAAUGCGCAGCGUCAUUCCACUGCAUGCAUUCGUGAAGAUUCAGCUUCUCUUGGCACUCCUGCGCUGCAGCACAGCUUGUCUGGCGAGCUUCCACGCUAAGCAGCAGCCUCAUGAUCGGCAGCUAGCGGCAGACGCGUCGUUUCCAGACUGGGCUCCCCCAGAGGCGUGUGGCUUGCACGCCUUUGUGCGUUGUGCUGUCCAUGAGGGGGCCCCCUGCGGCGCUUCAUGGGGGCCCCCCGGCGCGGCAGAACCGUCUCAAAAGGAGGACAGAGCUGCUUCGCAGGCAGCAGCAGCUGCUUCGACUUCUCGGGGAGGCGCUUGCUUGGGGUUGCUCAAGGGCCUCUCCUGCGAGCUGCGCUGUUUGCUCGUAACCGGGCGCUACACGAAGUUCAGCCGAGCUCUUAGCCAAGCGGAGUGGUGCCUAAACAUGUCGGUAGAGGAGGCCCUUGGAAUACCGUUGCAACGCCUUUUUGGAGCUCAAAGCUUCAAAUUUAUGGCUGCAGGGAGAAAUCCUAGCGACUUCUUAAGAGCUCUUCGCAUGGACUGCUGCAGCAACAGCAGCAAUAGCGGCAAUAGCGGCAAUAACAAGAGCAGCAAGAGCAGCUUGUCGGAAGAGGGGGUCUUGGCUGGAGCCUCCCUUGGCAUUCCUGCUUCUCCCCGCAAGCGCUGUCGAAGGGAAGCAGCAGUUUCUUUGUCGAGGAGCACGACUGCAAGCGAUGCUUGCGACGCUAUUGGAACGCUGCUGCGGAGUUUACCGCAGUCGGAGGCAGCAGCAGCAGCAGCAGCAGCAGCAGCAGCAGCAGCAGCAGCAGCAGCAGCAGCAGCA